AUGGAGGGAAACUUUAAGGCCCUUGGCGCGUCGUCGAGAAUCCAUAUUGGGCUCUUAGCAUCAACCUUAUUCAAAUCCGCGUACCCAAGCAUGGACACAACUCUCCGGAAUGUCUCUGAAAUCCCGGUGAAACGCAAACGCGGGCGUCCCAAAGGCUCGGAGGAUCAGAAUAGGAAGCAGUGUGUGCGAAGAGGUCGACCUCCAAAGAUGAAAUCCUCUGUUCUGUCGAGCUUUACGAAGCACUGGGAAAGGGUAACCAACGCUCGAGCAUCAGAGGACUCGAUUGCUUCGCAGUUGGGUAAUGUUGCGCUUUCUUCAACCAUUAUUGAAGAUAACCAGCAGCUGCUACCGGAAAUGACGACUGUUGCCACGCAUGAAUCACCACCUGCCGGUUUUAUACCCUCAAUGCCAAUUCAGCGGAUGUCACUCUCAGGUUCCAGUUGA